CACGCACACAUCCGUAGCUAUUUAGGCUCAAGCCAGCAUCCCUGGUGCCAGGGCGGGCAGGUGCGCGCCGUGCCUCUCCAUCACGUAGGGGAGCGGCUCUGUCCUGCUCCCCGUGUCGCGGCCCCUGCGAUGGGGGCCAUGACAACGGCGCGAAGGGUGUGGCUGCGGUCGCGCGCUGCCAGGCGCUGGUGGCGCUUGCCCCGUCUGUGCGGGCUGCUGCAGCUGGUGCGGCUGAGGGGGGCGGAGGGCGCCACCGCGCCGCUGCGGCUGCCGCGACCCUCUGCACUGGCGUGGAGCUCGCCCCCGAACUGGCGCCGAUGGACUCGGUGGUGGGCGAGGAGGCCCGAGCGCGGGAGCGGCUCGCGAGGCCGUGCCUCACGGAGCAGGUGGCGGCGGGCCGCGUGGGCGUGCUGCCCCGCCCCUCGGGCGGCCGCGAGGUCUGCCGCGACUGGGCGCGGCGCGCCGAGUUCGGCAUCGGCGCCGAGCAGGUUCCGACCACGGCGCGCGAGGCUGGAUGCCGCGCCCGCGGGCCGAUGCGCCGCGCCAAGGCGUUCGACGAGGAGGAGGGCCAGGGGGAGGUUGUCCUGGACCCCGCCCCGCCCUUCCCCUCCAUGCUGGGACCGCUCGGCGGGGCCCUCGGCGAGGGGCCCGCCAUGCCCACGGCGGCGGCGAACGCCGAAUCGGCCGACCGCGCCGACGGGGCCCUCGAGGAGCGCGGCGCGCUCGCCGUGGAGCUCCGGGAGACCUGCGCCCGGCUGGAGGCUGCCGCCGGCGUCGCCGCGGAGGCGAGCGCGGCGCUCGCGGAGGCCGAGGGCCGCGCCCAGGUCCGCGCGGAGGAGCGCGAUAGGCUCGCCCUGGCGCUCGCGGAGGCGGAGGGCCGCCUCCAGGACGUCGCGGAGGAGCGCGACAGGCUCGCCCUGGCGCUCGAGGGCGUGAUGGGGGCGCGGCCAGGCCCGCACGGAGGAGCGCGACGUGCUGGCCGAGGAGCUCUCCAAGACCCACGCCCAGCUCGAAGCCAACGCAGCCCUGCUGAUGGAGGCGCGGGAAGGGGCCGUGGACGUGGCCUAAACGUUGGCGGUCGACGGCGGCACGGACCUCGACGACGUCGUAGGCUCGACUGCUUCCGCCGGGGUCGAUGUGCAGAGCGUGGUGGACCCCGUCCCCCACUACGCGGAGGCGCAGGAGCAGGCGGAGGAGCUGGACGACCAUGACGGCGUCUUCUGCGCUUCGCCUGCGGCGCGGAGUAUGUCCAAGUAGCAGGCGCGCCUGGCGCGCCGUGCUGCGGCGGCCCCGUCGGCUGGGGAUCGCGUGGAGGUCAUGAUUCCGUUCGUCCCAUUCCGCCAGACCCGACGGGUGCCCAUUGGGUCCGAGGCGUCGUGGUAGACGAGGGCGCCCCCCAGGACGCCGUGGCGGCAGCCAUUUGGAACAAGCCUCGCCUGACCUGACUCGGCGGCCACAGCAUCGGAGGAGCAGUGGCGUCGAAGCAGGACUGGCGCUGUUUCCGUAAGCUGGCCGAUGGCGACACCUGAUGCUGUGGCCUCAGGUGGUCCGUGGUGGCCUGUGGCAUGGCGAGCAGGCGGGGGCCGUUCGGGUGGGGAGCGGCCGUCCUGCUCUUCUGAUCGAGGCUCGGCUUGGGCAAGCUUGAUCGUACGUUUCAGUAUCUGUAUGGUGUUUCACUUGGGCAGGGUUUGGGCCGAAGUGCCUGACCCUGCGCGCUGGCCUCUGGGCUGGUGCGUCGUGGUGCCUCGGAGUUUCCUGGGGUCCCGUUCUGAAGUUUUUGGAGGGCAGGGGCCGAAGCGCCUUUGCUUCUGGAGCUCUCGCUUUCGGUAAUAUGUUGGGGAUUGCCUGCUCUCGUGCUUUCAGGUUUUGCCCUGGGGCCCCUAAGCGGCCCAUGUGGGCCCUCGCAGGUGCAGGCCGCGGUCAGUUGCUCCCGCGUGGCUGGACGUGCGCCGUCGACGGCCCAACGCAUGCAAACGCAAACGCAGAC